UUUACCAUCUGCAAGAAGAGCUCAGACAAGCUGUGCCUCUGCCUGUUGCUCAUCUGGUCUUUCGUAUAUAUACACAUGCAUUUGCUGCAUCUGAAUACCAGUUACUGAGUCCACAGGCAAUCUACAGCCAUGGCAGGAAAAGCCCACAGGUUAAGCACUGAUGAGAGGGAGCAACUGCUGCCAAACCUGAAAGCCGUAGGGUGGAAUGAAGUGGAAGGGAGAGAUGCCAUCUUCAAAGAGUUCCAUUUCAAGGACUUCAGUCGGGCCUUUGGGUUCAUGACCAGAGUCGCUUUGCAGGCAGAAAAACUGGACCACCACCCUGAAUGGUUCAACGUUUACAGCAAGGUUCACAUUAUCCUGAGCACACAUGAGUGUGCAGGCUUAUCUGAGCGGGAUAUCAAUCUGGCCAGUUUCAUAGAGCAAGUUGCAGCUUCUCUGUCUUGAACGAGGCUGGGAGUACAUAAGCCUGAAUUGGCUGAACAGCCACCGUCUCCUCUCUCAUUCUUAACACUGUAGUUAGAACCAUUUGCCGGUUCCACGCAGUUCCUGAUCCAGGCAGAAGACAAUGCUAUGCUCAGCUCCUCUUCCACCACAGCUCAAAGUUUCAGAGGGAAUAAGCUGUCCUAGCGUAAAAAUACUUCCUACUUUUCAGUCACCAGGAGGAAAGUUGCCUUUUUUUUUUUUGAUCUAGUGACUACCAGUGUAAAAUUGCUUGACCUCUGGCACUUUUGGCAUAUCUGGCCUUUAGCGGACGAGAGUAAUAUUAUACAACUGUUAGUGCAAGCAGUUUGAGUUUAUUGUUACCCAGACAGUUGUGUGCUUGCUUCUUACUUUACAAUUAUACUGUUUUUUUUCCUACAGUGAAGCCUAUGUCCCCUGGUCUCUUCUGUUAGCAGACCAGUAUCUGUGAUGUGCAGUUUGGUUACAUUUGUAAGCUUUGUUCAAAUAGUAUUAUAUCAGGUAUGUGGGGUUACCUGUGUUGCAACUGGCCAUAAUACAGAGCUGGGAGCCAGGAAUGUCAGCUGAAAAUAUCUAAGUGUUUACAAUAAAGUUCUCAUAACAUA